AUGAGUCGCCCAUACUAUGGCGACGAUUCCUACAUUCCCGACUACUACGCCGACCACCACUCCGACUACCCUCGCCAACGCCCCUCCGUUCAUACCCCGAGUCGCAUUCCGCGCCCCGGUCACACCCACCCAGAUCGCAACCGAGCUCAGCCUCCUCCACACAUGAGGCCAGACCAGUACGCUCCUCCUCCUCCGGCAUGGAGUCCGAGGAGAGGCCAGGACCAGCACUACUACCCCGAACACUCGGCCUGGGAAACAUCGCAGCACCUCUACGACGGCAGCGGAUAUGAAGACGAGUAUGACCAGUACGGUCAGUACGGUCAGUACGAGCAGCAUGAUCAGUGGCCUCUGCCACCCCAACCUCCCUCACAUUCGCCCUCUGCUCGUCAAAACCAGUCUCCUCGAAGACCACCCCCACGACCCCAACGCCCGGACGAGGUACCGCGGAGAGAGCAGUUUCCCGAGUAUCAGCAAGCCAACCGUCCACCGCGGGGUGCACCGCCAGGCAACCGUCAACCCUACCCGCCCCAACCUCAACCCCAGUCGCACCACGGUACCGGCCAAUGGACGCGCGACGGUUACACCUUCACUCCGCCCCACUAUCCGCCGCCCCGACGACCACUCCCACCACCAGGAGGUAGGGACAGCCCGUCAUCAUCAUCAUCGCGACCCUCGAUCCCUCAGUAUGUCGAGCCCCAGAUGCCGCAACAGGCAGCCUACGGCCACGCCAAUCGUCGGCCUCCGCUCGGUCCACCUCCUUCGGCGAGACGAGCGCCGGUACAGUACGCGCAAGUUGGACCGGUGCAUCCGAUCGUGGAAGAGACGGACAGUAUGAGGAGUAGCAUGCGGAAUGCGAGCAUACACACCGGAGGGCACGACAGCAAGACUUCUUUUGCCAGCAGCAAUGCGAUUCCCAUCGGAAUACCGCAGGCGUAUCUGGACCACCAUGCGGAUCGGCCUAGCACACGCGAGCACCUGCCAGCUUCAUCCGAGGUGGACGAGGACGAGAUGGAGGUCGAGGAGCAGGACGAGGACGAGGACGCCGAAGCGGCAACGGGAAGGAGAUUGGAGCGGUUUGUGGAAACGUCGCCAUCACGAGAUUGGCCCGAUCCGGACGUCUUGGUGAGGCAGGCGAGCGUGGGAAAGAAGAGCAGGCCGACUUUGACCACGGUGAAGAGGACGGUCAGCGAGGACCAGGGCAUCUCGAGUCUGCCGAGUCAGCAGCAGACUGCACAAGCUGCGAGAGAUUCGCAACCCACUCCUGCAGAGACGGAGCGCUCGCGCACUGCGGCCCAGGAAAAGUUAGAAGGGCAGGCCCAUCCCGGCGCGCAAACUUCGGAAGAAGGCGUAAGGGAUGCUCACAUUCCGGCCGUGACUGGUGAUGCCGGAUCUCGCGUUGGCGUGAUCAGAGGUGGCGCUGGCAGCCGCACACCGGAAGAGGUGCUACAAUCCGGCACGGGCUUGCUGGAUGCCUCCAGCUCCUCCGAGUCGGAGAGGGACGUCAGACGGAAGCGAUCCAAAGAACUGCUGGGGGCAGCGAUUGCGAAUGAACUCCACCCACACAGGUCUUCCGCUCGCUCACCUCUGGCACCCCGCGACGAUGAGAAGGUCAAGUCGCUGUUGGAUAGCCUCGAGAAGAGUGGCACGAUCACCGCGACGGAAGCCGAGGAGCUUAAGCAGCCCAUGGGCGGACUGUCGGAGCGCGCUGGGAGGCGAAGACCACCCCGAUUGAAUGUGGACAUGGUCCGUGAUGCAGAAGCUCGUGGCUCAUUGACGAGUCUCCCGGAUCUGAUCAAGCGAGCCACCAAGCUGGCGUCUAAUCUAGAUCGUGGCAAGACCGCGAGUCGUCUGGGGACCCACUGGUUUGAUGGCACCGGCGACGAGAAGCGGCGCUCUGGCAACAUCAACGACAUGCUCUCGGAAUUCCCACCUCCUGGUACGCCAAAUGGCACCCGCCGCGACGGCCGAUACAGCUUGACUCACUGGUCUUCCCGACUUCGUCAUUCCGCCCUUCCCAGCGAUAGUGACGCCGGUGAGGUACGGAAGCGAAAGCGGAGAUGCUGCGGAAUCCCAAUGUGGCUGUUCCUCCUCCUCCUCCUCGUACUAAUCUUGCUUGCUGCGGCCGCGGUCGUCGUACCCGUCAUGCUAUUGGUCGUUGUUCCCGAUUCGAACAAGGGCAGCGCGAACCAGGUGAGCAGUUGCCAGAUGAGGUCAAAGUGCGAGAACGAUGGGGCUAAUGUUAUCGGUAGUGAUGGAAAGUGCGAAUGCCUGUGCGUCAAUGGCUAUACCGGGUCGACGUGUUCGGAACAUUCGGAGCAGGGCUGUGCAUCGGCUGCGAUGGGACCGACGAACAACGCGAGCGUGGGCGAGGCGAUCCCGAGACUGUUGAGAGGCGCAGACAGCAACUUCAGCAUUCCGCUCGACGAGCAGGAGUUGCUCGGACUGUUUUCGAGCUCGGAGUUGACCUGCAACCAGCAGAACGCGCUGGUCACUUUCAACAGUCAGUCCAGCAAACGAGCGCUGAUUGAAGUGCGAAUACCGACACCUACGCUGGACGAGCGUGCCGACGGGACAGCUUCCCCACUUGUGACGAGUAGUGGUAUUGUCGAAGCUAGCGGCACCCCGACGCUUUCCGCGACCUCGAGUGCGCCGACUGCCACUGUGAGCGUCACCGACCGCACCCGUACUGCUCUGGACUUCGCCCGUGUGGUCGUUCUUUACAUCUUGCAAGAUUCAGGCAGGCUCAACGACGCCGCUACUGCGCAGGAGAACUUGCAGACUUAUUUCACUUCUGGACUCACGGACUCUGGCCAGAGCAUCAACGCCCAGAAUCUUUCCCUGGGGAACGGGUUCUCGUGCGACGUGACUGGAUUCACCAUCAGUACCAGCAAUGGGACGAUUGUCGGAGGCGGCAGUCGGAGUACCAAUUCGACUACCAGCUGA